CCAAGGAGGGAUGUCUAAGAGCGGGGUGGGGGACCAGAAAAAAAUUACGCAAGAUGAGCGGAUAGCUUAAUACUGGAAAGUGGGAAAAUAAACAACUUUCACUCGGUAUUAAAUCACUACAAUCUCUGACUAAGUUAGUCUGAGCAGCAUUUCUUUCGGAUAUUUGAUUUAUACACUUUGCAUUGGGUGACAAUUUCCGAUUAUUCCAGGGAUUAUUUAUCACUUGCAAGCAUUAAUUUAUGGAGAAUGGAAAGCGGGGACGCAUCACUUUAUCAGCAGAGAUUUGAAAGACCCAGAACAAGAAAGGACUAAAGCUUUUAAUUUUUGACCGGAAAUUGAAAACUUAAAACUACUGGUCAGCGGCAUCAUUCUAAAAAUAACAAAUUCUGACCGCAGCAGCUCACCGGAAAAGCAGCGCUAAAUUUUCCGCUUUCUGUUCAGAGGGGAAUUCGUUGACAUUCUGGUUUCGUUGGAGGUAAAAUUCUGGUUUCGUUGGAGGUAAACCACUUGUCUUUAAUUCGCAGUGCUUUCAUUCUAAAGGGAGUCACUCAUAUUAGAGGUGAUUUGACAACACUGUUUUCCAUUGGAAACUUGGUGCCUUUUCAUUUUACAAGAUGUCUGAAAUUGUGGAUUGUAUAGCUUAUGUUGUUCAGAAAUCAUGUUGGAGCCUGGGUGUAUUUGCACUGUUUGUCGCCAAACGGUUGGCAGAUUUGUUUGGACUAAUAUUCAAUGUCCUUGCCUGUCUCACCAUCAUCCGAUUGCCAUAUAUGGUACUUCAGUUUAUCAAGAUGGAUGCAUGGUGGAAAUGGCGGUGUGUUGGGUUGGUCCAGCUCAUUUUCUUUUUGAUUGAUGUUCCAUUCAUUCUCAUGGGUUUGUUUAUGAUCCUGUUUACUGCUGGUUUUAUUCUCAUACCAGUCAUCCGUGAAAUCAGGGAUGAUGUCAACAUCAAAGAUUUAACACAUGGUGAGUAUGGAAUCUAUGGUUUGGCAGCAUUUCAGCUUCAUGCAAUAAUUGGAAAGAAUUUUUUUCGCCUUAUCUGUGACAUCCUCUGUGCGCCCUUGGCAGUAAUUUGUUUCUUCUCAUGGAGAUGUUGCAUUUUUCUCAAGAAACUCAGGAAAAAGGAUUACAAAUGGCAAGAUUUUGGUUGGAGGAAAAUUUGUAUCAUACAGUUUUUGCAGCUCCUGGUCGAUAUCCCUUGCAUACUGACCGGCCUACUAGUUAUGCUCACAUGGCGUGCCCCAUUUUUGGCCAAAUCAGUGCUAAAGUUGAAAUGCGAUGGUAAAAAAUGGAAUCGUUGGAGAUUUGAAGUUUUUCCAGAGUUUAUGCUCAUCUUCAUCGACUUUGUUUGCCUGAUUCUUUUCACUGUGACAGUAAUAACAUGGAGAGCACCUUUUAUGAUCAACAAACUUUAUCAUGCAGAGAGAACCCAAUGGAACUUUCGUAAAAUAAUUGGUGAGCAAGUGCUGUUGAUAUUUGUAGACAUUCCCUGCAUUCUCUGUGCCCUGAUUGUGUUUGUUACCCUGUGGAGAGUUCCUAACUUCAUCAGAAACUGGAAAAGCAAUCAAUGGGAAACUAGGAAAAACUGUGUUUGCCAGGCAGGCAUGCUUUUUCUUGACUUUGGCUGUUUCCUUUUGACAUUGGUUGUCACAGUAACCCUUUGGAGAAUCUAUCCCUUAAUUUGUGAUGUCAGAAAGUAUCUUUCAAGACCCAGAGAAGAGCAAUCUUGGAAGAUUCGAAAGGCCAUCUGUAAGAAUGUGGCAUUAUUGUUUGUGGAUAUACCAGCCAUUUUUCUUUGUUUUAUUACUCUAAUAACAAUUGUUCGCUUUCCCAAGCUUUUGUCCAAGCUUAUCCAGGCAGGAAACUUUUUUAUGGAGUUUGCUAUUACAGUGUAUUUUGAAACUGCCAUGUUGGUUUUUGAUAUUUUUUUCAUCAUCUUGUUCGUGUUGUUGAUGUGCCUGAGGCCCAUACAGAGCUGGGUCCAUCUACUGGAGGAUGAGGAACAUAAAAAGAACCGCCUUCUGAGACACUACAUGCAGUGGGUCCCAGACAUUUUAGAAAAGCGCUUCCAAAUGCGGAGAGAAAUGGAGGGCAUUUUUUCAACAUGUCUAAAGAAUCGGUCCCAAGAGUCAAAACUCAGGGAACAUCUGGAAGUGAUCAUGGAAAAUUAUCUGGAGAAAUUAGAAUGGAUUCGAGGCAAGAUAAGGAAGUACGAACUUGAUGAAGGAUUCAGUCAUUUGAUCAACAUGGCAAACUGGUGGGAGAAGAAGCGAGUCAACAAGCUACUGCGCCUGUACAGAUGUGAACUGAAUUUUUUGCUUCACCCAAAUAUUUCCACCCAUAAUCACAACCUCUCGAAAUUUAGAAACGAGAUGAUCCGGUUUGAGAGUCACGUGACCGAGCAGAUUCGCGCCAUUGAAAAGUACGCCGUUCCUAAAGUGCCGCUGUGGAGUGAGGAGUGCGGGCUCAGGACCCGCACGCGCAAGGAAACUCAGCAAGUGCUGAUCAAGUGUCUUCCAAGUGGAAGGUUUGUGCUUACACUUCUCAUACUGCUGAACUUGGCUUUGAUAUACCGCGGGCCCUCCCUGUUGAAGAACCUCUGCCGACGCUGGUAUGACCGUAGAAGUAUAGUGUUCAAUUCCUGCAAGGAAUACCUCUACGAUUUCAUAACCAUUUGUAGAAUCUUACUGGUCGUUAUUUUCUUGUACCGCGCGCCGUUUUUGAUUACCGACAUAACACGAGACAUCGUCUUCAAGCAGAGUUGGAGAGCUGUGCGCGAGACCGUGGAGAAAUACCCGCCCAUGAUUGGAGAAGAUCUUGUUGAACUUGUGAGCUGUGUUCUUAGUUGGGAAAGUGUCCGGUUUCUCUUCACAGCGCUUCUGUUUGGCCUUCUGAUGCCGGCCGACUUAUUCUUGACGAUCAUGAAGUUCUUAUGCUCUAAGGACUGCGCCAUUUUUAUGACAGCCGUCUUGUACGUUAUUUUCAUGGCGUUACCGUUCCUCAUCCCGUUUUACGUCAGUAAAAAAGUAGAGCCGAGCAACCUCACGAUCGUCAUCGGAGCUUUCGCUCUCGUUCUACUCAUAGCUUUGGUUGUUAUGGUUAUCGUUCUGCUCAAGAAUAGAAAUCCCGUGACCAACAGACGAGAUCAAGAAGAACCACUCUUAAUUCAACCAGCGCCCUACGACUACGUUCGUUUCAACUGGACAAACAUUCACGUGAUUGUGUUUGAAGUCGUGGAAUUUCUCCAGCUACUGGCGUUGGUGUUUAUCAUAAGUGACAUUCCCAUGCCUGGCGCUAGUGCCCUCAACACUGUGUCACAAUACCUGCUGUUGAAUUUCGCUUCGUUCGACGCGAAGCUCUGGCUCACCUUCAUCAUAUUCGGGAUUUGGUUCUUCUGCUGUGGCGCGCCCGUGAUCCUAGAAAGUGUCCUGGAGUAUCAGCCCAAGGGAUCAUGCGCAAAACACGUUGGUUGGACUCUCUUUCUCUCCCUGUUUGCCAACACUUUGUUUGUGACGAUUGUGGAAAGUUUCUUGGCCUUCGUAGCCUGCAAGUCUGGUGACUGCCCGGAGAUCAAUGCCAAUAUGAGCGCGAAUAUUUCAACUCAGAAUGACUGUUUGCCCGCUGUUCUCUAUGAAGACCCCAGCGUGGAAUGCUGGGAAGGGAGUCACAAAGCGAUCGCCUUGCUAGGGCUGCUGGGAUUGGUGUGGUACUCAACAACCGCCAUCAUUUUUGGAACCAAAUACGGUGAUGUAGAUCACCCGAGCCAAGAUCUGAAAUUCUCUCCCGUCUACAACAUUUUUCUUAACUUUGUCAAAGCCUUAAUGGUUGGAGUCGUUGUUUUAGCAGUAACAAAGCCAAUGGUGGUGCUGGGCUUUCUUCUACUAGCAAAUGUGGCUGCGAUUAUUUUCACAUUGACGUUCAAAAGAAUUUUCGGCUUCCACCUGUCUAAUUCCUUGGUUUUAGUCAUCUGGCGAGCCGUGACUUUCAUCUGCGCUGGACUGGCGGCAAUAUCGGCUCUUCUGGCUAUAGUGCGAAAUGAUCCGGACUCCAUUGUUCCUCUGGUCAUCUUCUUAGGCGGGUGUGCCGUGAUUGUACUCGUAGCCUUCGUUGUGUCAAUGUGCCUGAGACAUCGAAGAACUCCCGUGGAAAAUGAGAGGAGGGCAUUUCGUCAACAGCUGUUGGCGUUGGAAUCAAAACUGGUUCAGGAAAACUACAUGAUCAACUCCUGGGCCAAGGGACGUGCCCAGUGGCGGAGACUGGUAUCGAACGUCUACGAAGCGCAGAAAGCUGACCGCAGGGUCUCUCCGUCAGUAUGGUCACACCUUGAAAUACCUGCACCUCAACCACCCCCAGAGGAAACGGGCAUGUCUGAGUCAGGGCCUAGUACUUCAGUUCCCCUUCCCCCUCCCCCUGCGUAUGAUGAUCUGUUUCCUAACAUCAUGGGACCUUAUGGUGUGCCUCACAUCUCCCCUCCCCCAUACACCGAGGAGACGGAUGACGUCGUUAUAGACAUGGGCAGGGAUCCAUCCUCCCCUCCCUCACUCCCUCAGGCUUCAGAGGAACCCAGAUCUGAAGACCAGCCAUCUUUAGACGGGACGCCAGAGUUCUCCUUCAAAGAUUCUGCCAGUAACCUGGAGGCUGCCGAACAGGGAGAGUUCUUUGGCAUUGUUCCAGCCGUGUCUACUCCACCGUACUAUGCAGCAGAUGUGUACAGGGACACUUUUUCUUCCACGCCAGACAAUCGUGACGAGUGCAAACUGUGGGACAUCAACAGCAUGGAAUGUAACGGAACAAACCUGCUGCUUGUGCUGGAGGGUUACAUCCAUUACUCUGCAUUCUCGUUCUCGUUCAUUCUUCAGCUUUCACUUUGGCGUUCCGCCGUCCGAGCUUGCGACUGGACUGGACUGCUGCACUGCUUAAAAGUCCUAGAGGGUAGUCUAAAUGGAGAAUUUAACAACCCCACACAAGUCGAUAUCUCAUUGGCUAACGUGGAUGUUCCAUUACUGGAACUCGAGCCAGAUAUCGACACUGAAGAACCGCCAUUUUACGAACCUGAAUCGCGGGAUCCCGAAGUUAUCCGAACCCAAUCCGAUGCUGAACGAACCCGAGCGCUUAACGACGUCAAACAAGUGGGUGCGUUCGGUGAGCAGUGGGCAGAGCUACUAGACAAGCUACUGCCUACUAAACCGGUCAUACGAAAAUGGCUGUGGGAUGAAGAACUGGGAGGCUUUCAUGUUUACCUACGGAGGUCCAUUCAGGGGACCAUAACAGAGGUGGGGCCCAGAGGAGUAAAGAUGGCGAGGGGAGCCUCGAUUGCACUGCCGAAACACAUCAAGGGGAGGUUAUCAGGUACCAGAAUCACUUUUGAUAAAGGCUGUGAGCCAAAAGGGAAAAAGGGGCCUGUUUCCGUAGCAGUAGCUGAACUGGGAAUUGUGAAAAUUGAAGAGAAGAUAUACGUGACAGCUCAGGAAAAGAAGCUGCCUUAUGACAAGGCUCUGGGUAGCAUGAAGACUGUCAAGUGGAAAUAAUUUGAUCGCCUGGAAUAAAACUUUCAUGUGGAGGUGAUUGUGUGAAAGACGUGAAAGUGGUGCUCAAAGUGCAAGCGUCACGCUAAUUACGUAAUGACCUACAAUGUAGAGGAUGCUUCGCGUCACGCAGGUCACACAAUCGCCCAUGUUUUUGGCUUAGGGAAAUUCUACCCGCAACAAUUUUAGCAAAGUUCGAGAAAAAUAAGGAAAACGCAGGUAAAUAAAAAAAGCAACAUGCAGUUUAGCUGAGAGAGCAUUAAGCUGAGAAGCUAUCAAAUGGUCAAGUAGAGAAGACUGGGUGGUUUCCGGAAGCUAGAACAGUGAUUGUAUGCGCAGAAUUUAUCAUUAAUUAAACACAAUAGUACACAACGACAGUGAAAAAAAAAAACAAUUCAGCCAAUAGGGAAGAAUAAAACUGACAUUUCACCAAGCAGAAAAAGGGCGGAAUAGCUAUGUUUUCAAAAAACUACCACUGCCAGUGGUCAGAAUGGAGAAUUUACUUGUAGAAUUUAUUCUAGCUAACUGAAUAACAAAAGAAGUUGAAUUAUUUUUUAGAUUUGACAUAUUUUUAAGUGAAAUAACUUAAAGUAAGAUUAGAUUUCAGCAUUUACAGUAAUCCUAAAAUUAAUGAUUGUGCUCAAAAACAAAAGACAUAAACAUAAUUUUUAACGAAUUGCGGUCGUUUCGCCCGAGAGUCAGUUUGACAAGAAAUAAACAUGAUUUAUGUAAUUUUGUUUCAUAAUGCCCGCAAUGUUGUCAAUUUCACUCGUGUAGUUAAAGAGAAAGAAUUUGACUCAUCCUCUUUGAACUUUCUGAACAUACUUUCAGAACUUUGUAGAACAUACUAGCCUACUUUAGUUAUAUCAAUCAAUCUUUAUUUGUACUCAGUCUUGCUAAAGAAAAAAUUACGAUUUCAAUGAAAAUAUUAAAAGUAAAAA